GGAAGACGGCCGAAGACAGGAAAAGUAACCGAUUCUCACGAUCAUGAUGAGGUAGCCGUGGCAAGGGACGUUCGUCAUAACUCUCUCAAUUCAUUCCACCAUCUUCUUUGCUCUUCUAGAGCUUUGACGCGUCGUCGACGAUGCUUUCAAAACGUGUAGUGGCUGCAGCGCGUGGCCGCGGGCUCUUCAAGACCCAGGCAGCUCAGGCAGCUGUCCUGUCAAGCACAUGGCGGACUACGGGGUCUUAUGUUCUGCGUUCGCAGUUCCACUCAACGCAUCUCCUACAAGACGAGGUCGUCAAGGUGCCUGUAAUGGCCGAGUCCAUCUCGGAAGGCACUUUAAAAACAUGGAAGAAAAAAGUCGGCGAGUCCGUGGAAGCGGAUGAAGAAGUUGCCAGCAUUGAAACUGACAAGAUUGACGUCUCCGUAAAUGCGCCAAAAGCUGGCAAGAUUACAGAACUUCUCGUGCAGGAAGAAGACAAUGUUUCUGUCGGACAAGACCUUUUCAAAUACGAACCUGGUGCGGCGGGUGAACCAUCCGAGAAACCCGCAGAAGAGCCAAAGCCUCGAGAAGAACCUAAAGAGCAGCCUCCGAAAGAGGAACCUAAGGAGCAGCCACCCAAGAAGGAAGCUCCGCCACCUCCUGCACCGAAAGAAAGCGAGAAGCAGCCUUCAAAACCAGCUCCACCUCCGCCCAAGCCUCAAGAGCCUAAGAGCAAAGAUGAAGGGAAGGCUGUUGCCGCAGCUUCUGCAAGAGCUCCUGGUUCCCGCAACGAAACACGCGUGAAAAUGUCCCGCAUGCGACUACGUAUCGCGGAGCGUUUGAAGGAGUCACAGAAUGCUGCUGCAUCCUUGACUACUUUCAACGAGAUUGAUAUGUCGGCUUUGAUGGCGAUGCGUUCGCGCUUCAAGGAUUCAAUAUUGAAGGAGCAUGAGGUGAAGCUGGGUUUCAUGAGUGCCUUUGCAAAGGCUUCUUGCCUUGCGCUAAAGGAGAUACCCACGGCAAAUGCAUCGAUCGAGGGUGACGAGAUUGUAUACCGUGACUACGUCGAUCUGAGCGUGGCUGUUGCGACUCCCAAGGGUCUUGUCACUCCUGUUGUCCGCAAUGCAGAACAGAUGGGUUUCAUUGAUGUCGAAAAGGAGAUCGCCGCUCUUGGCAAGAAAGCACGUGACGGAAAACUUACCAUUGAGGACAUGGCUGGCGGAACAUUCACCAUUUCUAAUGGUGGUGUGUUCGGCUCACUCUACGGCACACCCAUCAUCAACCUGCCUCAAGCAGCCGUUCUUGGUAUGCACGCAAUCAAAGAGAAACCCGUUGUCGUCAAUGGCGAAAUCGUCAUUCGACCGAUCAUGGUUGUUGCCCUUACCUAUGACCAUCGUCUGCUCGAUGGUCGCGAAGCCGUUACCUUCCUUGUCAAGAUCCGCGACUACAUUGAGGACCCACUCAAGAUGUUGCUGCCCUAAAUGAAGAUAAUUAGAGCAAAUUCGUCUUGUACUCCUUUGCUUUGCAUCCUGCAAUUUGCUUGCUUAUACAUUUUAAUACACUUAAUAAAACAUAAAUUUUUAAAC